UAGGAAUGAAGCGAAGCGUAACUUCGUGGAUUAUUGCUCUUGCUUGAUACAAAAUGACAUUAUGCAAUGACGCUCCGAAUAGCGCUAUGUGCAAAUGGAAAUAUUUCAUUAUUUUGGGUUUCACCAUACCAUUAAGUUUCGGAGCAGAACCCUUUAGGCCGCGAGAUGGUUCCGUACCUUUUUUAGUAUACUUCAGUUCCCGCUACCGUGGCCUGUGCGUGGGUACCUUAGUGUCCCGUACAGCGGUCAUCACUGCGAUGGUCUGCAUCACCGACCCCACCCUCCUAACUCACGACACUCGAGCGAUCAACGUGGUCACCGGCACAUCAUACCGACACCCACGGCGAGGCAUACGCGUACAAGUCACUAAGAUCAUUAUACCCAAACUGAGUAACAAUACAGCCGAAAGAACGUACAUGAUACAGAAGUCGCCAGCCAUCUUGCUCCUAUACAGGAAGGUGCCCGACGUGUUGGCAGAGGUGCCUCUGCGACCUAUAGAGGUCUACUACAAGGGAGAGGAGAUGAUGAGUCUGCAUGAACAGUGCUUGAUGGCCGGCUGGCAUUUCUUUUACAAAGGGGACAAAAUCUACUUGCCCCACAAGUUCUUGCUGCAGCGCAACGUCCGAGUCCAAUUCGUCGCCGUAGUGAAGAAGACCCUGUGGUGCGACACCAUCACGCUCAAGUUCCAGAAGGCUAUGAUCAACCGUGGUUACACGGGAGAAUUUGACGACGACGACGUCUCUGUAUGCGUGCGAGACCCUAAUAGAGAAGCUCAACCUUGUCAUGGUAUGUACGGAGCGCCGCUGGUGUGCCGGGGCAAGGCGGUCGGCAUGCUGACGGCCCCAGAAGCUCAGUGGUCCAACUGCACCGGCUACUCCAACCUGGUGCAGGUGUUCAAUUCCAACAACAUACGCCCCUUCAUGCACUGUGUGAGCAGUUUGUUCGAUCCAGAGUUUACCCUCAGUUGGGAGGAAAUGAAGAAGGGGCUGGAGAAUGGAAACGGGGAGGAGUUCGACUUCUUGCCGGAAAUAUACGAUGAUAUGAGAUACGACGUGAGCAACUCCGAGGAGGUGUAGCAAUGCUUGUCAGGCGCGGUCUUCGGCCGGUUUAGUGCUUUCGGUAGGUACUAUACACUAUGCGCGGAAAGUCAGUAGGUAUAGCACUCUCUCUGUUGCGAAAGCCCACUCAAAUUAUCUCAGGUAUCAGAGAAAUUAUGUCAGAUCUCCGAAUCGUCGAUGCCGCAAAGACUAGGGUCUUCAAUGAGUGCAAACCUCUGAUGACGUAUGGAGCGGAAACGUGGACACUGACAGUUAGCCUCGUCCACAAACUAAUCGUCACUCAGCGCGCUAUGAGCGAGCUAUGUUGGGUACCACUCUCAGAAAUAAAAUCCUGAACGAGAAAAUUCACUGAAGAACAGAAGCGGUCGAUAUGGCUCAAAGGAUAUGCAAGAUGAAGUGGCAAUGGGCAGAGGUUAUGUCUGUGCCAGAACCAACGACCGAUGGGGCAGACGUGUUCUGGAGUGGAGACCGAGUGCAGUGUGG